AUGUUGCCACAGGGACCUCAGCUGCUUCAGUACAAUCCACCACCCGACCAUCAAAACCAUAACGUUCUUGACCAAGCUCCGCCACUACCUCCAGCAGCAGCCGCCGCCGCCGUGAAGCUUGCCACCGCAGCACCCAUGGAAACAGACAAGGAGAUGUCAGCUUCUGCAGUUGAGGGUAAUGAUCCAGCCGCUGGUCACAUUAUCUCUACUAUGGUUGGCGGCAAAAAUGGCGAGCCCAAAAGGACAAUUAGUUUCAUGGCAGAGCGUGUUGUGGGUACAGGAUCAUUUGGAAUAGUUUUUCAGGCAAAAUGCUUGGAAACUGAAGAGACUGUGGCCAUAAAGAAGGUUUUACAGGAUAGGCGGUAUAAAAAUCGUGAGCUGCAGUUAAUUCGCUUGAUGGAUCAUCCCAACAUAAUUUCUUUGAAGCACUGUUUCUUUUCUACAUCAAGCAGAGAUGAGCUUUUCCUUAAUUUAGUUAUGGAUUAUGUCCCCGAGAAUAUGUACAAUGUCUUAGAGCAUUAUAGCAAUUCGAAUCAGAGGACGCCACUCGUCUAUGUCAAACUCUACACAUAUCAGUUAUUUAGGGGGCUUGCAUAUCUCCAUACAGUUGCAGGGGUCUGUCAUAGGGAUAUAAAACCUCAAAAUCUUUUGGUUGAUCCUCUUACCCACCAGGUUAAGAUUUGUGACUUUGGAAGUGCUAAAGUUCUCGUGCCUGGUGAAGCUAAUAUAUCCUACAUUUGCUCUCGAUACUAUCGAGCCCCAGAACUCAUCUUUGGUGCAACAGAAUAUACGACAGCAAUUGAUAUUUGGUCUGCCGGUUGUGUCUUAGCUGAGUUGCUUUUGGGGCAGCCACUGUUUCCUGGAGAAAAUGCAGUUGGUCAGCUUGUAGAGAUUAUUAAGGUUCUUGGUACACCAACUCGAGAAGAAAUUCGAUGUAUGAAUCCAAGUUAUAAUGAUUUCAGGUUUCCCCAAAUUAAAGCGCAUCCAUGGCACAAGGUUUUCCAUAAGCAGAUGCCUCCUGAAGCCAUUGAUCUUGCUUCACGGUUGCUUCAGUACUCACCAAGUCUUCGCUGCACUGCGCUAGAAGCAUGUGCGCAUCCUUUCUUUGACGAGCUUCGGAAACCCAAUGCCCGCCUCUCAAAUGGUCGCCCUUUUCCCCCUCUUUUUAACUUUAAACAGGAGUUGGCUGGAGCAUCACUCGAGUUGAUUUAUCGGCUGAUUCCCGAGCAUGUUCAGAGACAAGCUAGUAUGAGUUUUCCGCAUCCUGCUGGGACGUGA